AGAAGAGGCUGCUCCAAGAUGGUCAAAAUUUUCUCGUGGUUGUUUUCCGAAAAGAUAUUUAAACUUCGAAGAACCUUUCUUUUGACAUGGCUGAUGACGAAUUAACCUUUCGAGAAUCUCUCCUUAACACUUUGGCUGGAGCUUUCUCUGUGAAUGAACAGGAAAGAGCUUACUCGGAAGAGCAGCUGAAGAUAUUUGAAACAUCGGAAGGUUUUGGUGUUAUCCUCACUAACAUCAUCUUAGAAAGCAGCAUAUCAGAGUCAGUCAGACAGCUUGCUUCUGUAUUGUUGAGACAAUAUGUUGAUAGUCACUGGUCCCAUGAGGCUGGUGAAAAAUUUAAACCUCCAGAAACAAGUCCACAGGCAAAAGCUGUUAUCAGAGAGAAUUUACCAAAAGCAUUGCAGCUGCAAAGUAGCAAAAUUCGAUCAUGUGUUGCAUAUGCACUUUCCAGUAUUGCCCACUGGGAUUGGCCAGAAAACUGGCCUAAUUUUUUUGAUCUCCUUAUCCAUGCAAUUAACAGUGGUGAUCCAAAUUUGAUUCAUGGUUCUGUAAAAGUUAUGACUGAAUUUGUGAAGGAAGUGUCAGAUUUGCAAAUGCCACACGUUGCCCCAAUUUUGUUACCAAAUGUUUUGAAUAUAAUCCAGCAGCCAGAGGUCUUUAGUGUGCGUACUAGAGGAAGGGCAGUGGAUAUUUUCAACACCAUUGCAGAUUUGAUUGCUUUGAUGAAAGAAGUUUACAAGAAUGCAAGCAAAGAGUUGCUUUAUCCACUGUUACCAAAUUUUAUCAGCUGUUUCAGCAAAGAGCUGGUGUACCCAGAUGGCGAACAUUCUGAUUGGGGUUUAAAGAUGGAAGUCCUUAACACUCUGCAAACGUUAGUGAAGAGAUAUCCCAGGUUCAUGUCCAGCCACAUUACAACCUUUCUUUCACCUGUGUGGCGAAUCUUCACUGGCAGCGUGGAGUAUUACAUCCGGUCGAUUGUCAACAGUGUCGAUCUUCAUGAAGAUCCAGUUGAUGAAGACGGGGAAGUGCUUAGCUUUGAUAACUUCAUCUACAGCAUCUUCGAAUUUAUUACUGCACUUGUUGAAGCGCCGAAAUUCAAGAAAACCGUCAAAGAAUAUUUAGAAGAUAUUUUGUUUCACACUAUAAUUUAUAUGCAAAUUACUGAAGAACAGAAAGAUCGAUGGAUUUCAAACGUGAAUCAGUUUGUUGAAGACGAGGAUGAAGAAUCAGUCUCGUGUUCUGUCAGGAUUUCUGCUCAGUAUCUUUUAAUGCGAUUAUGUGAAAAGUUUAAUAAAACAAGCACACAAGCACUGGUCAAUGCGGUGGCCAAGGUUCAACAGAGAGGAGACAUUUCAAAAGCUCAAGGGGAGGGAAAUUGGUGGAAAUAUCAUGAAGUAUGUUUGCUGUCUUUGGGCCUCAUUCAACCAACCAUUUUAGAGAUGCUCCAAGCAAGUCAGCUUAGAUUCGAUGCAGACGCUGUCUUAAUCAAAAUGAUGGUUGAGUCAUGUCAAGCAAACGAUGUUCCAUUCCUCGUGGGUCAGGCUCUGUGGUGCAGCAGCAGAUAUGUGGAGGCGCUUUCCCUUGAUCAUUUGAAGACAUUUCUUCAAGCGUCUGUAGUCGCCGUUCAAGCAAACCAACCGCCAUUCAUGAGGAUUUAUGGAGUUAAAGCUUUGUACGGGUUUUGCGAGCACAUGAAGGAGACUGAGAAGAGCAGACUCGUUGAGCCUCAUCUUCAACCGAUCGCCAGCGGGCUGGUUUCGUACGCCACGCAUGUAACAGAAAACGCCCUCGCACUGACGCUUGAAACGCUGAGCAUCGUCUUGUCCAUCAACGCCGAAUUCACAGCCAGCCUUGCCGUAAAUGGCGAUGUCAUUCCGUUACUAAAUGCUUUAUUUUUAAAAUACGGCGCAGAUGUUCACUUGAAUUCUGUUCUUGGUGAUAUUUUCGGGACUUUGGCUCCAAACCAGGGAUGUUAUAUGAUUUUACUCGAAAAGACUGUACCAAUGCUAAAUAGCGUAAUCGAAGCUCCUGUCGACAAAGUUCCUUUGGCUCUUGUUCCGCCUACUCUAGACGUUUUGGUUGAAAUAAUACGCCACAGUAAUACGCCAUUACCCGACUUGUUGAUUACAAGAUCCUUCCCUGCAGUAGCACAGUGUAUCUUACGAUCAGAGGAUUACGCCGUUAUACAGAGUGGCGGAGAGUGCAUUCGAGCAUUUGUAUCGUGUGCAGCCAAUCAAUUACUAGCCUGGUGUGAUCAUGCUGGCGCAUCUGGUCUUGAAUACGUCGUGAGGGUAGUGACACACCUCCUUGACCCUCGCCUACCUCAGAACAGUGCUGUAUUCGUUGGCAGGCUCAUUAACAGCCUAGUCAUCAAGGUUGGUUCUCAACUCGGUGACAGUCUGCAAAUGAUUCUAAGAGCGGUUCUCAGUAAAUUGCAGCAAUCAGAUACCCUCAAUGUAGUUCAGUCGCUUCUCAUGGUCUUCAUACAACUGAUUCGGUUCCAGCUAGAAAUGACUCUUGAAUUUCUAAGUAUUGUCCCUGGACCAACGGGCAAAGCUGCUUUAGACUACAUUUUGACAGAGUGGUGCAGUCGACAGAACACAUUUUAUGGGGCAUAUGAAAGAAAAGCAAGCUGUGAUGCCCUCUGCAAAGUUUUACAGCAUGCUCUAAACAGUGGUGACAAAAGAUUCCAAGAGAUAAUUGUUCCUGGAGAUGCUAUCAUUACCGACAAAGGAAUAGAAACAAGGUCGAAGAGCAAGGCAGGGACAAAGGAGUUCACAAUGAUACCAGUUGGGAUAAAAAUAUUCAAGUUAAUUGUGAAUGAGCUGGCGAAUGAAAUUGAGAAAAAUGAACUUGCUGAGGACAAUGAGGAUGAGGAUGAUGAGGAGGAUGAAGAAUGGGAGGAUGUUGAUGACGAAAAUGAAAAUAUCUCACCGAAAGAGAUGACAAUUCAGAAUGUAAUCGAGGCUAUGUUCGCAGCGUCUUCGGAUUACCCAGGAUUUGAUAUUGGAGACGAAGAUGACCUUGAGGCAGACGAUGAUCCAGACAUCAAAGCUGAUGCAAUUAAUGACACAAACAUGAAGCUGUAUUUGAGCAACUUCAUUCAAGAACUCAGCAAUCAGUCUUAUUUUGUUGAUAUGACAACUCAUUUGAACGAUGUAGAGAGACAAAGUCUAGUAAAAGCUGGAUUUGUUAGAACUUAGAUUUAUACCAUACUAGCAAAUUGUAUUUCAAUUUAGGCAUUUAUGUAAAAUCUGCUGGCCAUCUCGUUUAAAAGACCCCCUAUAGGUUACCCCUAUAGGUUACCCCUAUAUGUUACCCCUAUGGGUUGCCUGAUUUUAUUCUGGUUAUUAGUUUGUCUUUUAGUGCUAUCUUGGGAUAUUGGAGAAAACUAUAGUCUAAUUUAAACGCUGCUCUGCUUUGUAUUAAACUGUGUAAUAACUUAGUAAAGAGACCUUUGUAAAAAAUGAUUAGUUUUGAGAAUAAGUAACGUUCAUGAUGAAACUCAAUGUUGAUAUCUGAUUUAGUUAUUUUGUUAGAUCGCAUCUUUCAGACA